GGUACCCUUAUUAUUACCAUAGUCAAGUCAAAAAGUCAAACUAACUUCCAUUUCACUCACUCUCUCUCUCUCCUCGCCUGAAAAUUCACCGGCGAUUAUAUCAGAGAUCAUUAUAUAUAUACAUAUAUAUAUGAUUUGUGUGUAUUUAUGUAUGUAUUGUUGGUUUUAACUAAAUCCAGAUUGAUUGUGAUUAAGACCACAACAACUUGAUUAAACACUCUUCUUCUCACUCUAGAUAUAUAAUAUAUAUAUAUAUAUGUAUGUAUAUCUGCCAUUGUUGAAUUGGAGUUGAAGCUUAGCUCAGUUCAGCUCAGUUGGUGUUAUUUCUUAAUUUAUCGGCAAUGUUGUUGAGAAGAUCUUCUUCUUCGUAUUCGGUUAGAGGUUUCUUCUCGAUCUUGGCUCCGAUUCUGGUUCUUCUUCUAUGUUCGGAUUUGCUUCCUGUUUCUACGAGCCAGAGCGAGAGUGAGAGUGAGAGGGAGAGGUUGGUUGGAGAUGAAUCGGAUCUGCUACUUGGGACUAAUUUCACUCAGUUCAAUGUGUCGAGUUCUAAACCUAAAGAAGGUAGCUUCGCUGAUAUGAUUGAUAAAGCUUUGGAGAAUGAGUUCAAGGAGAAUGACCAAAAUGAAGCUAAUGAUGCUGGGAGCUUUAACAACAGUGUUUCAGAGCAACAGGCAGUUCUGGAGACUGUUGCAAGAGUCAGGUCGAAAAAAAAUGAGACGAAAGAGGAGAAGUCGUUUCAGUUUCAAGAUGUCUUCAAUCUGGAUAAUGAAAACAGAGCAGAAGAUACUCCAACCUUGAUAGAUCGGAAGGACAAUGUCUUCAUUAUAUCAAACUUUAAGUCAAAGUAUCCUAUGCUGCAGCUAGACUUGAGAUUAAUAUCAGAUUUGGUAGUUGUUAUUGUGUCUGCAACCUGUGGGGGGAUCGCCUUUGCUUGUGCUGGACAGCCGGUUAUUACUGGAUAUUUGCUAGCGGGAUCUUUGAUUGGCCCUGGAGGAUUGAACUUCAUCAGUGAAAUGGUGCAAGUUGAAACAGUGGCUCAGUUUGGUGUAAUAUUUCUCCUUUUUGCUUUGGGCUUAGACUUCUCCACAACAAAGUUGAAAGUUGUUCGAGCUGUUGCUAUUCUAGGAGGUCUGCUCCAAAUUUUACUAUUCAUGUGCCUCUGUGGGAUUACAGUAUCGUUGUGUGGUGGUAAAACUUCAGAGGGAGUAUUUGUUGGAGCAUUUCUUUCAAUGUCUUCGACGGCAGUGGUAUUGAAGUUUUUGAUGGAGAAAAACACCACAAAUUCUCUUCACGGCCAAGUCACCAUAGGCACCCUUAUCCUCCAGGACUGUGCUGUGGGAUUGCUUUUUGCUUUGCUUCCAGUUCUUGGUGGGACUUCUGGUGUUCUUGAAGGAUUUCUGUCAAUGGCCAAAUUGCUGGUGAUCUUGAUUGCAUUUCUAGCUGUUUUGUCAAUAGUAUCUCGCACUGCUCUCCCUUGGUUACUAAAAUUGAUGAUUAGCUUAUCGUCUCAGACCAAUGAACUCUAUCAAUUGGCAUCAGUGGCAUUCUGCUUACUCGUAGCCUGGUGUAGUGAUAAGUUGGGACUAAGUCUAGAGCUGGGUUCGUUUGCUGCUGGUGUGAUGAUAUCCACAACCGAUCUUGCACCACAUACUCUUGAACAAAUUGAGCCCAUUCGAAAUCUCUUCGCUGCUCUUUUCCUUGCCAGCAUUGGGAUGUUGAUCCAUGUUCAGUUUCUAUGGAAUCACGUAGACAUAUUGCUUGCAUCCGUUAUAUUGGUCAUCAUCGUAAAAACAGCUAUCAUUGCAUCAGUCGUCAAAGGAUUUCGCUACAACAACAAAACUUCAAUCCUUGUGGCAUUGUCUUUGGCACAAAUAGGGGAAUUCGCUUUCGUUCUCCUUAGUCGCGCCUCAAACCUUCAUCUAGUCGAGGGAAAAUUGUAUCUAUUGCUUCUUGGGACCACAGCACUAAGCCUGGUAACAACUCCAAUGCUCUUCAAACUCAUUCCUGCCGUCGUGCAUCUUGGCGUGCUCUUACGGUGGUUUCCCCCCGACAUUUCUCUAGAGAUGGGAUUAAAAGGAGAGAAUCUCCGAAGCGACAGUGGGAAGCAACGUGUUGUUGUGUUGGUUCAAGGUUCUCAUGAUUCCUAAAACUUCCAACUAAGUAGGAAUUACUUUCUCUUAUCAGUCCAAUCAACAAACAUUCAGAAUGAAACCGAACAGGACCGAUAAGGUUUAUCGAUCUAACGACUACUGAACUAACUUAACUAACAACCCAAGCCUUACUCCCUUAUUAUUAAUUUUUUUUCCUCCCACUUUGUGAUAUCAUUCUUUCUCUGUAUAAUAUAGUCUCUUUUUUUGUUUCUAUGUUGUAAUUUUUAGUUUGACAGUAUUUGAUUUCUCCAAGUGGUCAGUUUUGAAUGUAUCAAGUCUUUUGAUUA